GUACCAUACAGAAAUAGUUACAAGCUGGAAGACUGUGAUAACCGAAGAAAAUGGGUUGAACAGGUCACCAGAAAAUCUUUAUCAAAUGUUGGUCAGUGGCUGGAUCCACAGGGUACCCAUGGGAGUCAUUCCACUGAACGUUUGGCCGGAAAUAUAGAAAACCUCAUUGGAUUAGCUAAAAUUCCUUUGGGUGUUAUUGGCCCGCUUCUCAUUAAGGGUGAUCAUGUAAAUGAACAUAUUCUAUGCCCUUUUGCAACUACAGAAGGUACACUUGUUGCAUCUUCCACCAGAGGAGCUACAGCAAUGACCAGGUAAUUUUAACUGUAUAAAGCGGAGCUCUCGCUCAGCAGAACAGCAGGGUAAGAAAAAAAAAUUGGUUAUCAACAUGAUUGCAUGCAAUAAAUUUUGGUCCUGACAAAAUCGUCCGUUUGUACGUUCGCCCUUUUAUGUUAGCAGAUGUGAAAUGUCUUGUAGGGCGGCCAUUUUUUUCAGCUCAAAUUUGCAAAAAAUUAAAAUGAUGGCAAUUUUAACAAAAAGUGAUCAAAUAUCUAUUAAAUAAAUUUACUUUUCAGGGGGACAGGAGUUUCCUCCUGAAAGUUGAAAGUUUACACCUAUUUCUACCACGACCUAGUGCAAUGAUCUACAAUGUCGAUUAUUUUUGAAUAAUUAUGUACCAGUUGAGUGUUGGUAUGGGACACAGUUUGAGCAUGUUAUGGGAACUUUGAGUAAAACGGGUGUAUAAUUCCGUUAUUCUAGGUGCGGAGGAGUCAGAGCACGAGUGAUUCAGCGACGAAUCAUGAGAACACCUCAUUUUGUUACGGACUCCAUCCAGCAGGCACAGACGUUGUCAUCCUGGUUAAUUUCCCACUUUGAAGAACUUAAGUUAAGAGCCAGUGAAGUUAGCCAACAUUGCAAACUUCAAGCGCUGGAACCUUGGUUUGUUGGUCCGUUUCUUCUCCCUUUUUUUUUUUGUUUGAUACUAGACUCUUAACGGCUCGAAAAAUUGAGAAAAGCUAUAACCUCAAUGAAUGUACAAGUUAAAGAAAGUAAAAAUGCUUGAUAUACUCCUUUAUUUGCCUGUGACCCCUUCUUCCCUCCCUUUUUCCUCUUAUUUCUUUCUAGGUCGCAAUCUGCUGAUGGAAUUCGUUUACGAUUCUGCUGAUGCCGCUGGACAAAAUGGUGUAACUGUAACAACCUGGCACGCAUGUCAGUGGGCUCUAAAACAGAUCGCCAAGGAGCAACCGGAUAUCAACAUCAGGGAGUUUUACAUUGAAUCUAAGUGUAGUGGCGAUAAAGGUGCACUAGCAAAGAAUUACAUUAAAGGUCGUGGAAUUGAAGUUCAGGCCGAAGCUUAUAUUACAGAAUCUGUCCUGCAAAAUGUCUUAAAGGUACCUUGCACAAUGUAACAUCCUUGCUUUAUUGUAAGUUUCUUUUUUCGCAACCCCUGAUCGAGGACACGGUCGGUUAUUACGGCUUUCUUUCUUUUUUUUUUUUCGUAGUUUAUGUAUUUGAUAAAUAUUCUUCAAACUAGCAUUCGAAAUCCCUCGAAUCCUUUUUUACCCGUUCUUGACAUAAAUAUUAGUCAGCAAUUCGGGUAUUGGCUUCACAAAGUCUUCUAAUCUUCCAACCUCAUUUUCAAGCUCUGCAAUGUCAAAACAGCUGAGCCGUGGUCUUAGCAUGACGUCAUAUUUGUCAUUCGCCCAAUUGGAUCUUUGCCGUAAAACCGUUUCCUGUAUAAUACGCUAAAAAACGUAAUAGCACUUUAGUUUCCUGUAAUACGAUUCACUGCAAAAUUGGCUGACCAUAAAAAAUUAGGACUUUUACAAGUACACUAUCUCAUCAAUGUUUUUAAACAAAUUAAAAUUUGGAACUUCAUGUACAUUCACAGAUAGUGUGCCCUGACGAGAGGCAGUCGCUAGAUUUAAUUAGAACUGCUUCGACCAUGUCUAAAUGUAAGUCAGAACGUUAUCGCCAUGUUUAGCUUCUGGCUUUGUGAUCAGACCACUAAUGUUAACAUGCAAUAUACUUUCCUUUCAUUUGCUUGCCCUUCUUUGAAACUAGCUUUGUAUGGAGAAAAGUUGAACUGGCAGGGGUAGAGAAAAUGUUAUGCAAGUUUGUAGGCACAGAUCAGUGAAUUUGUUUGUGUUAUGCAACAUUUCAGCUAUUUAUUUUUUCCUUUGCAUAAAAGGUAGAUUCCUCUACCUUGAACAGGUGUUUUCAUGCUCUCCAGAUAGGUGCGCAGAGAGCUGGCUCGUACUGUGCUAAUGUAUGCGUCAGUAAUACAAUUGCUGGGAUAUCCGCUGCUACGGGACAGGAUUUGGCGUGUGUUCAUGAGAGUUCCUGGGCCAUGCUUGAGAUAACAACAGAAAGAGAAAUAAAAGUUGGUGGUAAAUAAAAAGUAUUUGAAUAUGUGUGUCUAAUUUCAAAGCUAGUUCACCGUUUGUUAUUGAAAUAAAAAAGAAGAAAACGUGUAGGAAAACGGUGGAUAGAUAAACGUUCGGAUGGACUCUAUCCGUGGAAAUGGAGCAAAGAACCUUGUUUUUUCCAACCAUCAUUUUAUUACAUUAAUUUCGAUGGUUAAAAAUCCUCAAAAUUGUCGAAUAUAUAAUAAACAAAUAAAUAUCGAACUUCCGUAUUUUUAAUUAAUUUUAAAAUAUUUUUCUUAAUUAUAAUACCCUAUUUACCAGAUUAAACACCGCCCUCGAUCAAACACCGCAGAUGGAGACAAAAAAACGCUCCAUAUAAUCAAAAGAAUGCUGCCUUAAUUCAAGGAUUAUACGAAAAUUCGGUGCAGCUUUGUAAUCUACAACAUCCAGAAAAUUGCGAUUCUAUCUCAUCAAAAAAGGAAGACAUGAAAGCUUUUUUAAAAACAUGUUUCGUCUUUACAAAAUAUUUCUGAUUAGUCAGUGAUUUAAGAGGAUAAUGAGGAUAGUGGUCGAACUUUAGCCCCUCCACACCGCCCCCAACCAAAACUACAACUGUCCCUCGUUUGCUGCCGGAAACGGCACAUUUUUUGCCCUCCGAAGAUCUGAGUACGCGUCUCCUUGUGCGGUGUGUGAAAUCGGCUGAGAAAAAGACGUUUGCUUGUAGCAGCGAAAUAUGCAAAGAGUUGAAAUAAACGGCACCCUUGUAUAUACCGGUCGUCGGAAACGCUAAGAAUUAAAAAAAGAAGGCCGUGGCAUUUAAUCGAAUUAGCGAAAAAGAACGGGAUCCGGGAAUGGAAAAAAGGUAAAAUUAAGUCGGUCUAUCUAACGAGAGAAUAAAACUUAAACGUCUUCAAGGUGUCUCGAAUCUCCUUCCCUCAAUAUUAAAACAUAAUUAGCAUGACCAAUCAAUUCCCAUUAAUCUUCUUCUUCUCCUUUUUAUUUUCUUUUUGCCUUUUAAAAUAACAACGCUAUUGCAAGAAGGUGUAAAUACAGAAGUUAACACAUUCAUCUUACGUUCUUUAUCCCCAAGGAACUGAGUCUGGUGAGUUAUACGAACCGGGGAUUUACGCUAGCGUUGUUAUUCCUACUCUUCUUAUUGGAACCGUGGGAGGUGGAACAGGGACACCAACUGCAAAAGAAUCUUUGAGGAUGAUGGGUUGUUUUGGAAAGGUAGGAAUCUUUCCGUGCAAGUAACAAAAAAACCUUUUGGAGGUUUGAAAUCUCUAAUGUGGAAUUACAGAAUUCGGCGAACAGAGGACGCUUAAUCCCCCAAGAAUUCAAACUUAUUCUUCCCUUCGCCUCCACCACAAAGCUGUUGGCCUCUUUAGUACCUGAAAAAUCCCCAGCGGGAUAAGUAUCGAACUCAUUCAUGACACGUUAACGUAUUCCUGCUUACCUUUCUGAGGAUAGGAGGCAAACUUUGCCCCCUCCACCCCGCCUCGCUCCCAAUCAAAACCACAGCUAUCCCCUCGAUCGUUUGGUGCCGACAAGGGUACAUUUUCUGCCCUCCGGUGAUCUGAGUAACCGUCUCCUUGUAAAUUGUGUGAAAUCGGCUAAGAAAAAGACGUUUGCUUCCAGCAGCGAAAUACACAAAGAGUUUCUGAAAAAAAAUUGACUUGGGGAGUCAUUUGGCCUGGUGGAGUUCAGUAUAGAAUAUCUUAUAUUUUUUUCACUGAGUUGAUAUUGCAAAUUUGCCAACGCGAAAGGAUUGAAAAGAUGACACCGCUCAAAAAAAUUAUCCAGUAGUUCUUUGGUGCCAAGGGAAAUUUAAAAGCAAACAAACAAACGAAAAACAGAUUGAGAGUUUAUUCUUAAUGUUCAAAGAAAUCCAUUUCCUCCUCUAUUUCAGGGUCGUAUCUACAGAUUUGCCGAAAUAAUUGCUUCAUUCGCGCUGGCUAUGGAACUCUCCACUCUAUCAGCAAUAGCCAGUGAUAAAUUUGCAAGUGCACACGAGCGAUUUGGAAGGAACAGACCAGAGUAUAAUGAAAACUAG